AUGCCAAUGCCUGCUAGACUUACCCAAGGCGGCGAGCCGGCGGGUGGGCCCUCCGGGGCAGAUCGCCGCGCGCGCGUCGGUUGCACCCCUCGAGUCCUUGCGCUUCAAUUGCCCGACCCAAAUAUGAGCUCAAAACGGCGCUCAGCGGCUGCGGCUUCCCCAGAGCUCCGCAGACAAAAGCGGCGCAAAGUUUCUGAUGACGAUUUACCGGAACAGGAAGACACUCAGCUGGCAGACGAGGCGGACGAUGUGAACUCGGACCCUGAAGAGGAGGAGGAAGAGGAAGAGGAGUCCGAGGCGAACUUUGAGGGCGACACUAUUCAAUCGGCACAGGAUAGGAUCAUAUCUGAACUGUCCAGAUUGAAGGACUCCGAUGGUGAAGAAGUGGCAUAUCCGUUUGUCGGAAAGCCCGACCGAAAUCUAUACCGCGACUAUUACGAGCUCAUCCAUCACCCUGUGUCAAUACGAAGUAUUCAGCAGAAGGUGCGCGGCACUGAAAGCCGCAAAAAUCCUUCCAAGACGACCGCAUUUCCUACCUGGCAAUCAUUCGAAGAAGAGGUCAGCUAUCUUUGGCGAAAUGCGAGGGAGUAUAACGAAGACGAUAGCGACAUCGUAGUUCUGGCGGGGAUUUUGGAGGAGUAUUUCCAUCGGCGCGUGACUGAAGCAAAGAAGCUGGUGCCCGAUUCCAUUCAGGUAGAUGGUGCCCCCGAAAUGCCUCGGAUUCGAUUGAAGAUGGGUGCAAGGGAUUCAGAGCCCGCAGCGCAAAGGUUAACAUUGAAGAUGUCUGGACAGACCUCCGAGACACCUAAGGAUGUUCCGUCAUCCGGCGUUGCUGUUGAUAACGACUCCCUAAAACGACAACAAGAGCUUGUGAGGACUGGAUCGGCCAGUCAAAGUCAAGAUGCCGAUGCACCACGUUCUCCUCGAACAAGAUCUCUUCGACGACAGAUCGGCAGUCCCCGAUCUAGUGUCGCCACCACUCCUUCUGCUUCUGAGCAGCCGCACGGGCUACAUGUCAAGGAUGAGACGCCCGUAGCACCGUCUCAGCAUCCUGAGAGACGCUCUUCUCAUGCUCUCCAGGGCGCUGCCCUCGAUCCCAGCUCCUCCUCACCCGCCCCCCAAUCAUUGUCACCUCUCGACUCAAUAUGGAGGCGCCCAGAUCAAGGUGAGUGUCUGCCCAAAUCGAGAAAUCGGGUGAGUAGAUUGAAAAUAGUCACUGAUAAUGAUACAGAUGCAAGCUCUGCUUUGAUUCAGAAUGUGCAAAUUUCGACCCACCCAUCACUUGCUCUAGAACAAGAUCUGUGCCUGGACAUCCCUCCAUCGCCAACUAUCCGCCAACAAGCUAUCACAAUCAGCCUUCCGCCAUCGCAUCGCAUCCUGACGGUCAAGCCUACACUGGUAGCUAGUACGUCAGAGAAACAGACCAAAUUGGUCGCUGUUAUGGGCACACAUCGACUUCACCCAUCUGGGGAUACAGCUACGCUGGCGUACGACAUCCAACUCCACCCGGGUACUACAAAGGUUGAUUUGGAGGCGAUUGCCGGGCCGCCAAGGGGGGCACCGAAAUCCGGCCCCCCAGGCUCGGAAGUGGACUAUGAGCGGGUUACUAUUUUUUUCAAUUUGUUGCGAUGA